ACUUGUUACUGUUUGGCUGCUAAUGAAAUACCCUGACUCUUUAAUUAGUCCUGAUGCUUUAGUGAGCAUUUCUCAUCAUUGUCAGAGCAUUGUUUGGAGCAUAUGGUGUCUGUCCUCUAGUUCCAAAAUGUCACCUUAAAUUUUAUUCUCUGUUUAAUGUAUAUUUAAGAUUUUCUUUGUUAGGUAUGAAAGAGAUUUGAACUUGGGAAAGACUAAACACCAAGAUGAAACAUAUGAUGAUGAUGAUGAUGAUGAUGCAGUUUAAAAAUGUCUGCUCAUUUGUUCACUUGGAUAGAUCCUGUUUUUUUCCCUCAUUAAAGUUUAUGUAACAUUCAAUUUCACAGCCUAUUUUUUUCUAACUUCUUAUCUGCUUUUUCAGGAGGGUAUUUCUAGCCCUUUUCAGGUCUUUUUCUCCCCCAAUUUAUAGAGCUUGAUGUGCCAGCCAUCAUCAAGAGAACUGCCUCAGGCUGUAAAUGGCCUUAUUUAGUGAAGAUGAAUAUUCAUUUGUUUAAAUAAUUAUUCCAGCCAUGCUGUUAUUUAUUGAUAAGGAAAUAUAUGGGCGCUAUAAUAUGACCUUUUUUUAAUUCUAGUAAGAUUACACUAAGAAAACAGUCCACAAAAGGUCACAUAUACAAAUGCAUUAACAAAGUAUAAACAAAAUUGCUUCUGUUACUCCUCAAACAUCUGGAGUCCAAUUUGAUAUAAGCUUGAUAGAAUGAAACUGCCAGUUUAUAUUUCAGUCAUGUUGAUGCAUUAUGACAUAAUCCGUGGUAAACAUUUGGAUUUAUACAGUUUAUUAUAUCUGCUUUUAGUGGAAAGCAGAGCUACUAAGUAACAAGAAGAUACCAAAAUAAAUAUGGAUCAAUUUGCUGGACUUGAAAGCCCCUGAGAAUUUGUGUGUUAACAAGGAUCAGAUUGGGUUUCCAGUGGGUGAGGUGGGGACAGUUGUUAAAACCACAGCCCAGACAAGUUUUAUAUUUAUGGGAUGAGUAAAACAGAAACAGACAUUUUUCCACUUCACGUUUAUUACAGUUCAGAAUAGGGCGUGACUUUAGACUGACCCUGAAGUAGCAAGUCAUUUUCAUCUUUAAAAAGCACUGGCCGCAAAUGUCAGGAUGACUUUAAUGUCCUGAGUUUUAUUGCCUUUUACUGCCCUAAUAUGAUUCUCAAUAUGAGAGCAAGCAGUGAACUAAUUAUUCUGCAGACAAUUUGUGGAUAUAUAUAUAUAGUACUCAGAGCAAUAGCACUUUCCUGCUGAUUUUCUUGCUGUUGGAAAUUAUUGAAAAGGUCGUGUGCAUCUAAGGACUGAUAUGAGGAAUAUCUACCUUUGCUGUGUUUUGCACCAAGACUUAACUUUAGCAUUAUUGUUUUCUGCUCCCAGAAAGAAGAGAAUGUAAGGAAGGAGUGUUAAAAGAGUGCUAAACUCUCAGGAAAUAAUAGCUAGCUUGUUUAGCAAGGUCCUUUUACAGACUUUCUGGUCGCACAGUCACAUACAAAUAAAAUAUUUUAAUUGUAAUCACCAACUGGACAAAUUAUUUGUCCAACUGCAACAAGAAGUCAAGAAGUUCAGUGACUCACAUUAGCGCAGGUAAAGCUUAACAGCAAGCUAGCAGCCUUAUUGGUACUAGCUCGCUGUACCACCCAGAACAGCCCUGCCAUUAAUUUUAAGCCAUAAAGUGAAUUAUUUAAAAAUGAUGCCAUAAAUGUAUUUAUUUCUGCUCUUUGGUUUGGGAGCCGGCCUUAAAAUGCCACUAGGUUUUUGUGACAGUCAUAUUAGCUUCAUCUUUAUAUGCUGCUUGGUAGUUUUUUAUGUAUUAAAUUGAUUUGUCCUGUGAAGUUUCACAUCCAUUAGUAUGUUAGUUACAUGGCCAUAGGAGUCACCCGCUUAAUUUGCCUUUUGUUUCUCAAUUUAGUCAUGGUCACCGGGAGAAGAGCGACCUCUCUCAGGUAUUGUUGUCUCGCUAACAGCGUCUUUACACAUUUUUGCUCCUUACAAAACGUUGCAGACUUUAGAUUGGCAUGGGUUGCUGGAAGGAACUGGACAGUGACAGACAGCAGUAGGCUUGACUGAGAAACAAACAAGCUGUGAAGAGAGAGCUGAAGGUUUGCCAGUGAAAAGAUUAGAGUGGCAUUUGGCUGGAGCGCCAAGAUGCACCGUUGCUCUUGCCACACUGUCAUGGCAACGGAAGCUUUAUACUUGCCUCCCAGUCCCCCCGCUGAGUGUCCAGACUGUACCAAAGAGUCAUUUAAAGAUCCUGGGAUUAUUUGUGUUGACAGUAGUUAGCCAUUUACAACAUAAAUUACAUUUUCCUGAAUUCAGCUGCAUUAAAUAGACAUUUGCUGCCCUCUUUGAUUAUUCAUUACCAUGGCUUUACAUUCUUUUGACAGGUGAAUGAAUAAGACGCAAAAGGUCUAUUAUAAAAGAGCAUGUAAACUUCGCUGAGCAUCUUCACAAUUCAAUCUGUCCCAGAGCUCUCAUUUGUCAUGCAGAGCACCUCUGUUCCCUGGUGACCAAUCAGGAGUCCUUCCCUGUUGGCUAAAAGCACCCCCUUCACUGCCUCAUCAUCAUUUGUGAUUGACAGCCUCCCACAGGAAGGAGGGGGCUUAUUUACCUCCUUGUGUUCUCAUGGGACUAAGUUAAUGAUCCCAGCCAACAAAAUAAUACAAAGAGGGAAAAGCCUGAGAAGUCGGCGCCUGGUUGAACCAUUUGGAGCAGUUUCGGCUUCUUUUAUAGAGGAUUAGAGAAAAAGAGGCUGUGUGAAGAGAAUUUCAGAGAUAGCAGUGAGACAGAUGAAGCAGCAGAACCCAGACAGAAAGUGGGAGCUGAAGGGAGGCUUCUGAGGAAAGCCGGUGUUUUGAGAAAAAUCCCUUCCUGGGCUUUAUUUCUGUAUUCAUCUGUCACCCUGGCUGUGAACUGUGUGCUUGACUGAGUAACAGACAGCGAGAUAGCUGAUCAGCUUCCCUGGAUUUCGCUGAACAUCCCGCUUUGUUUUGCUUGAAAAUGGAAACGCUGGAGUCUGAGUUGACCUGCCCAAUCUGUCUGGAGCUUUUCGAGGACCCACUGCUGUUACCCUGCGCUCACAGUCUUUGUUUCAAUUGCGCCCACCGAAUCCUGGUCUCCCACUGCACCCCCAGCGAGCCAAUUCAGUCCAUCAGCGCCUUUCAGUGCCCCACCUGUCGCUAUGUCAUCACCCUCAACCAGAGGGGCUUAGAGGGACUCAAACGCAACGUCACUCUGCAGAAUAUCAUCGACCGCUACCAGAAAGCUUCUUUAAGUGGACCCAACUCUCCUAACGAGACUCGGCGUGAGCGAGCCAUCCCUGACAGCACAGCCAUGACGUCCCCCUGCAACCGGGUCCAGUGUCAGUUCUGCGAACAGGACCCUCCACAGGAUGCCGUGAAGACUUGCGUCACCUGCGAGGUGUCAUACUGCGAGGAGUGUCUCAAGGCCACCCAUCCAAACAAAAAGCCUUUCACGGGACACCGUCUAAUCGAGCCCUUGCUUGACUCACAUCUACGAGGGCUUAUGUGUCUGGAGCACGAGGACGAGAAGGUCAACAUGUACUGUGUGACGGACGAGCAGCUGAUCUGCGCAUUGUGUAAGCUAGUUGGCCGACACCGAGACCACCAAGUCGCAGCCCUCAGUGACCGAUAUGACAAACUCAAGAAAUCUCCCGGCCGCUUUCUCUGUGUGGGGCGUGAUCAUUCGUUCCAGGAGGCAGAGCAGCAAGCCUUGGAUUCCAACCUCAGCAAUCUAAUCAAGAGGACCAGUGAGUUGGAAAGUCUGAUGGGCAAACUUAUCCAAACCUGCCAACAUGUGGAGGUAAAUGCAUCGCGACAAGAAAACAAGCUGCAGGAAGAGUGUGACCUGCUGAUUAAUAUCAUACAGCAGCGAAGACAAAUCAUAGCUACCAAGAUAAAGGAGGGCAAGUCUGUGAGGCUGAGGAAGCUAGCCCAGCAGAUAGCCGGCUGCAAGCAGUGCAUUGAGAGGUCCUCCUCGCUCAUCACCCAGGCUGACCAAACCCUCAAGGAGACAGACCACGCUCGCUUUCUUCAGACAGCUAAAAGUAUCUGCGAGAGAGUGUCUAUGGCAACAGCAUCCUCCCAAAUCCUGUUACCAGAAAUUAACCUGAAUGACACAUUUGAUACUUUUGCUUUGGACUUCACAAGGGAGAAGAAAAUGCUAGAAAGCUUAGAUUACCUCACAGCGCCAAAUCCACCAGUAAUCCGCGAGGAACUCUGUACAGCUUCAUAUGACACGAUCACGGUUCACUGGACAUCAGAUGAUGAAUUCUCUGUUGUAUCAUACGAGCUACAGUAUGCCAUCUUCACCAGCCAAUCUAAUGUUGUCAGUUUGUGUAAAUCUGCGGAUAGCUGGAUGAUAGUACCAAACAUCAAGCAAAAUCACUACACGGUGCACGGACUCCAGUGUGGCACCAAGUACAUUUUCAUAGUGAAAGCAAUAAACCAGGCUGGAACCCGCAGCAGUGAACCAGGGAAACUCAAGACAAACAGUCAGCCAUUCAAACUGGAACCAAAGUCUGCUCACCGGAAGCUGAGGGUGUCCCAUGACAACCUGACAGUAGAGAGGGAUGAGACAUCUUCCAAGAAGAGCCAUAGUCAGGACCGCUUCUCCAGCCACAGCAGCUACGGUGUCACGGGAAAUGUGUACAUCGACAGUGGGCGCCAUUACUGGGAGGCUCUGAUUGGGGGAAGCACAUGGUUUGCAGUAGGAAUUGCGUACAAGUCAGCACCGAAACACGAGUGGGUCGGCAAAAACUCAGCCUCCUGGGUAAUGUCUCGCUGCAACAACUCAUGGGUGGUGCGUCACAACAGUAAAGAGAUUCCCAUCGAGCCCUCGCCCCACUUGCGGCGUCUCGGGGUGUUGUUGGACUAUGAUUCUGGAUCUCUGUCUUUUUAUGAUGCUGUUGGUUCUCAGCACUUGUAUACGUUUGACAUUGACUUUGCUCAGCCAGUCUGCCCUGUGUUCAAUGUUUGGAACAGAUGCCUAACAAUCCUGAGUGGACUGCCUAUCCCCGAUCACUUAGAGGGAACAGACUACAAUAACUGAUAAACCUGCCCUGUCUUUCCUGGAUUUUCUUUUUUGUAUCCAGAAAGGGACUUGAUAGUGUGCACCUUUGAAAAAAAGAAAAAAGGAUACAGUGACAUUGGUGUAGAUUUCCAAAACUAAUCUGAGCUAUUUAAUAAAUGUUUUCUUUGCUUUGCACAUUUAUGUACAUUACUCUUUUGGUUGGUGACAAUUCCAAAUUCACUAGCUGGCUCCACAUUUUUUUACAUUCAUAUUGCACACUUUUUUAUUAAUAUACUUUUAAGGAAAAUGGCGAAUUUUUAAUGACAUCUAUUAAGGGGGCUCAUAUGUUUGUGGAAGGUUGAUUUAGAGGCCAUUGGAAAUUUUGUGUUUUUGAACUUUUUUAAGUCGUAGCACUUUGAUAAAGUUGUCAUUAUAAUAUAAAUGAUUACUUGUCAAUGUUUCUAAGAAAAAAAAAACAUGUAAAUGCAGGAUCUAAGAAUAAUAGUUAAGAACGGUUUCACUUUUUUAAUUCUAAUAAGAAAUCAGUCAAUUCAGGGGUUUUUAUGUAUUUAUUUCUGAAAAUGUUCUAGUAAAGUUUAGCAUCUCGGGAAUAUUCAUCUCCUCAUUAUAGCCGUUUUAAAAUGGAUCUUCAUCAUAAUUAUGCCAUUUUAAGUUUCUCUGACAAGAUCUAAUAAAAGUGACUUCGCAUGAUUA